AAAACCCUCAUAUUUCUAUCAAUCUUCAUAUCUAAUUACAUUUUGAUGAAAAAAAUGCUAAAAAUAUGGCAUUUUAUUCCAAUUAUAAUCUUAUUGACUCUUAAUAUUGUCAUGGCUACUCUGUCUAUGGCUGCAGUAACCAACUUCAGCACAGACAAAUCUGCGCUUGUUGAACUAAAAGAUCAUAUAACAUUGGACCCUGCUAAUGUCCUGACACACAAUUGGUCAAGUUCGAGUUCAAUCUGCGACUGGAUCGGUAUCUCAUGUACUACUCGCCAUCAAAGAGUAUCCGCUUUGGAUCUUUCAAAUAUGGGACUUCGAGGAAAGAUUCCGCCACACCUCGGAAAUCUCUCGUUCCUGAACUCGCUUAUACUUUCGGGCAACAAAUUUUACGGUACUCUGCCGAACGAAUUAUCCCAUUUACGGAGACUGAAAAUCCUGAGUCUCGACAAUAAUAGCUUCUCUGGAUCUAUUCCUGCUGAGAUGGGUAAUCUUCGGCUUCUGAGGACUAUCAGCUUGCAGUAUAAUAAUCUGUCCGGGCCAAUUCCUUCGAGCAUUUUCAACAUGUCUUCGUUGGAGAUUCUUGCUUUGACAUCUAAUGGAGUUUCGGGUAAUCUACCUGAUGAGAUUUGUCAUCAUUUUCAAACACUUGAAGGUCUGUUCUUGUCUUUAAAUGAGCUAGGUGGACCAAUUCCGUCAAGCUUGGCAGAGUGUAGCAAUCUUAAGACUUUAUCCUUGUCGUUCAAUGGUUUCGUUGGAAGCAUCCCGAAAGAAAUUGGAAACUUAACUACCCUCAACCAACUAUUUCUUAGCUCAAAUCACCUAUCAGGUACAAUACCUCAUGAACUAGGUCGUCUAAUAAAUCUCGAGGCUUUAGGCAUGUCCGGAAACAACCUGAGAGGUUCUAUUCCAGCUACGAUCUUCAAUCUCUCAAUAGUCCGGCUCUUUGAUGUUGCAGAGAAUGAACUUUCAGGCAAUCUGCCACCAAUUAUAAACCUUCCAAAUCUAGAAAUAAUCUCUCUGGCCAACAACACUUUUAUUGGAGAAUUCCCUGCCUCCAUUUCCAAUUCUUCUAAACUCAUUGUUCUUUACUUAUUUAACAACUCUUUCUCCGGUUUUAUUCCUAAUACCCUUGGCAAUCUUAGAAUGCUUCAGAGACUCGACAUUUCUUUCAACAAUUUCAAGGCUGAUUCGACCUUUUUCUCGUCCUUGACAAGCUGUGUGAACUUACAUACAUUGCAAGUUUCCGUGAAUCCGUUGGAUGUCGUUCUUCCUGUCUCCAUUGGAAAUAUGUCGUCGCUUCAAUAUUUUAUUGCAGGAUCAUGCAAAAUAAAAGGCGAUAUUCCGUUUCAGAUUGGUAACUUGAGCACUGUGGUGCAGAUGGAACUUUCGGCAAAUGAAUUGUCAGGAUCAAUACCAUCGUCGUUUGGAAGGCUAAGGCAGCUUCAGGGUUUGUCUAUUGCUGGGAAUAAGCUACAAGGAACCAUCCCUGUGGAGAUCUGUCGUUUAGAAAAUCUGAAUUACUUAUGGUUAAAUGAAAAUGAGCUUUCAGGACAAAUACCUGAAUGCUUGCCAAAUUUAAUUUCUCUGAGAAAGCUUUAUUUGCAGAGGAAUAAACUUUCUUUUAUACCAUUAUCUUUUUGGAGGCUUUCGUUUCUGCUGGAGCUAAAAUUGAGUUCAAAUUCUUUAAAUGGCUCUCUCCCAAUAGAAAUUGGGAACCUGAAAGUCUUGACAAGCAUGGAUUUAUCAAGAAACCGGAUAUCAGGAGCAAUUCCGAGUAGUAUUGGGAGUCUUAAAGAUUUACAGCAUCUUUCAUUAGCAGAAAAUAAUUUCCAAGGCUCCAUUCCACAAUCAUUUGGAGAUAUGGUAAGCUUGACUUUCUUGAAUUUGUCGACCAACAAUCUCUCCGGGUUGAUUCCAAAGUCCUUGGAGAAAAUUCCAAAUUUAAAAUCUUUCGAUGUCUCUUCCAAUAGAUUGGACGGAGAAAUUCCGAGUGGAGGAUCCUUCGGAAACUUCUCUUACGAAUCAUUCAAGUCGAAUGGUGCGUUGUGUGGUUUGCCGAGGUUCAAAGUCACACCAUGUGAAGCUAGUAGAAAAUCUAAGGCAACUAAUAACCACUUACUCAAGUACAUUUUACCACCUAUAGCAGCUCUAAGUUUGAUUAUUGCAUUCAUUAUCAUAUUCAUCAAAAUCAGAAAGAAGAAAAAAGAUAACCCAACAAACCAAGAAUCUUUGUUACCUCUACCAACAUGGAAAAGAUUUUCUUUUCUCCAACUUGCAGAAGCAACAAAUAAAUUUAGCGAGUCUAACUUGCUCGGAAAAGGGAGUUUUGGCUCUGUGUACAAAGGCUCGUUAUCAGACAGCACAAAUAUUGCGGUUAAGGUCUUCGAUUUGCAGGUGGAAGGAGUAUUAAAGAGUUUCGAUACCGAAUGUGAGGUUUUACGCAACAUUCGCCAUCGAAAUCUUGUCAAAGUCAUAAGCAGUUGCAGCAACUUAGAUUUUAAGGCCUUGGUACUUGAGUUCAUGCCUAAUGGGAGCUUGGAAAAGUGGCUGUAUUCUAACAACUAUUUCUUGAAUCUCCAAGAUAGACUAAACAUAAUGAUUGACGUCGCGUCAGCUCUUGAAUAUCUCCAUUCUUACGAAACACCAAUAGUCCACUGCGAUUUGAAGCCUAGCAACAUUCUGCUAGACAAAGAUAAGGUAGCUCGUGUCGCUGAUUUCGGCAUUGCCAAACUUGUAGCUGGAGAAAAUUGCAUGACACAGACAUUAACAUUAGCUACAAUUGGUUAUAUGGCCCCAGAGUACGGCGAGGCUGGAAUUGUCUCUACGAGAGGAGAUGUGUACAGUUUUGGCAUUAUGAUGAUGGAAACUUUUACUAGAAAAAAACCUACAGACGAUAUUUUCUGCGGAGAAAUGAAUAUGAAACAGUGGGUGAGAAAUGCAUAUCCUGAUGCAGUAAUUGAAGUUGUCGAUCGCAAUUUAUUGGGAGUGGAAGAGGUAAAACAUUAUAGUGCUAAACUAAAUUGUGUAUCAUCUGUGUUAGGAUUGGCAUUAGAUUGUUGUGUUGAUUUACCUGAAGAGAGGGUGAACAUGAAACACAUCCUUUCUGUUUUGGAAAGGAUCAAAAUACAAUUCUUGAAGCAUACUUCAGGGGUUUAAUUUUUUUACCAUUUUAAUUUUUAUGGAUUUUUUUAUGAAUUUCCUACAGAUUUUGGCUUGUAUGAUAAACGAUGUUCAGCUUAAUCAAUAAAUGUUCUCCUUUUGUUA